CAGAGUGUAUUAAUGGAAAAUAUGGAAUGAACUGUAACAUUAGCUGCACUUGUCAAAUGUCAAACACGAAGACUUGUGAUAAUGUCAAUGGAUCUUGUAAGUGUUUCCCUGGCUGGAAGGGAGAGAACUGUACUACUGAUGAAGAUGAAUGUGCUGAUAACCUAUUUUCAUGCCAAGAACAUUCUUACUGUGUAAACACAAAUGGAUCUUAUAUCUGUGUUUGUGAUGAUGGAUUCACUCUAAAGGAUAACAUUUGUGGAGGUAAGAGUUUGAUGUUUUCUGUGGCUUGUUGGUAUCUUCAAUUAUAGAACAAUGCCUUCUAAAACUAUAUCACUUUUUUCUUCGUCUAUUCUUUCACAGGAAAAAAUAAAAUUAAAACAAUUAUGAUCAAUUCUUUAUGGGAAGAAAUCAUAUUUAAUUCUUAUAAAAUUUAUGUUAUUUAUUUUUUUUUAAAUAAUUAACCAACAAAUUAUUUCCAUUAAGUGUGCACUGCAGGAAAAUAUGGAAAGAACUGUAACAAUAGCUGCAAGUGUCAAAUGUCAAAUACCAAAACUUGUGAUAAUGUCAUUGGAGCUUGUACGUGUCUUCCUGGCUGGAAUGGAGAUAACUGUACUUCUGAUGUAGAUGAAUGUGCUGAUAACCUAUUUUCAUGUCAAGAACAUUCUCACUGUGUAAACAUAAAUGGAUCUUAUGUCUGCGUUUGUGAUGAUGGAUUCAUUCUCAAGGAUAACAUUUGUGGAGGUAAGAAUUUGAAGUUUUCAUUGGCUGGUUAGUAUGUUUUAUUUUAGCUUUCUGGUUGCCAUCCAUUACAAUGUGACAAUAAUAAUAAUAAUAAUAAUAAAGUUUAUUUGAAAAACACGCUUCAUCCCCAAAAGCUCGAAGCGCGGUACAAAGUCAACCAUAUUAAAAAGAGAAAUAAAAACAAUCUAAAAUUUACCACAUUUAAAAAAACAGACGCAACAAUAUAAAACUACAUAUGAGCAUAUCGAGUCAAAACUUUCAUCCCGUUUCAACCAUAAGCAACAUAAGCCAAUAGAGUAGACUUUGCAGAAUAUUAUAGAUUAAUACCUUAUGAAUCCAUUUACCAGAUAUUUCUGUUCUUUAUCGAUUUUAAUAGAUCUGACUAAGAACUUUAAGUUAUUAUAUUUCAAAUAGAGUAAUGUCACAAUAUGAUGCAUUAUAAAAUUAAGCAUUUUUUUUUAAAUUUCAUUGUAGUAUGGGCCAAGAUACAUGAUUAAUUUAUAAAAUAAAUGUUUUCAGUUCAAUAAAUAAUAUAUUUUUCUAAAUAAUCUAGUUUGAGUAUACUUAUUUUGAAUUGAAACAUAUAUUUCCUUUCUUUUUUUGAAGUGAUAUUUUCUUGGAGUUUAGACAAAUGUGAAGUGGCAGUAUAUACAUUAUUUAACAAAUACAGAAGUGAUUAUUUCUCUUACUCUUUUAAUUUUUAAUAACUACAAAAGCUAACAGUUGUUAGAAAUAUUUAUAAAUCUAAAAAGAAAAAAUAUUCCAUUUAAAAAAAACAAAAAAACUUUUCAUUAUUCUAAAACUAAAACACAAUGAAUUUUUAAGCAUAGCUUAACACUAACAAAUUUAUUACAUUUUUAUAAUGGAGAGCAUUUGUAAUGUAAUAUUACCAAUGGUUUCUUCAAAGGUAAAAAAGCAAACUUUAUUCUUAUACAUGUUCUAAUGGACUACUGUUUUCACACAAGUCCUUAUAUGCAUUAAUUUAAGGUAAAUAAUAUUGGUUAAGUUUUGAAAGAAUUUAAUUGUGUUAACCUACUAUUCUUUUAGCAUCAAAAAAUGGAAAAUGGAAUAGGAUAUUAUUUUGUUAAUUUGUAUGGCAUAAUAUUUUACAAAUCUAAAAACAUCUCAAUGUCAUAAUUGUACAAUCAUUUUUAAAACUUACCUCAUCAGAAAGAUAAUAAUGAUUUUUUUCCUAAAGAUCUUCCAUUCAGGCACACAGUUUCAUUAGUGAUAACAAUAGAUUAUAACAUGACAGGCUUUGAUAUAUCAAACAAAAUUUCUGCUAAUUACCUGAAGCUUUCAGAUGCAGCACAAAAAGGGGUAUGAAAGCCUUUUUUAAUCUUUUUAUGAAUAUAAUUUAAUAUAAAUAAUGAGUAUCACAAAUAUUACUGAUUUUAUUAUUUUUAAUUUCUGUCUAAUGUAAUUUUUUUAUUUUUGAUAAAGACGAAUAAUCACAUUUGAUGAAUAGCUCAAUAUUUACUUCACAUGCUUUUUUAAUACUAAAAAAAAAAAUCCCACAAUCAUUUAAUUUUUAAAAUGUUUAUGUUUCAGUUGCUAGAAAGUUUGAAAAAGGAGGCAGCUGUAAUUUCAGUGACUAUAAUGAAUCUAAGGUACAAUAUUUUUUUUAAUUAUAAUUCCAAACUUUGGCUGACAUAUGUUUGGAACAAACAAUUUUGGAUUAUUUUAAGAUAUUACAAAAUACUUUUAAAUCUACUUAUCUGAUCCUCAGACAAGGAAGCCUCAUCAUUUAUACUGAUAUCACCAUGGCAACCAAUAACACAACUGACAAGGCUAGUGAAAUGAAGAUAGCCAUGGUGUUCGUGGAAAUUUUGAAAAAUGGAAUUGGCAUCACUAUAAACAACACAAAUGGCAAUAUAUUACAUCUCAUAAUAAGUGGUGUAGAAAGUGAGCAUCAAUUUUUUUAUUUACUUAUAUUAAUUUUGCUGUGUAGGAUUCUUUUAAAAAUAUUUUACCUACAUUUAUAAAAAGCAUGAAGUACCUGAGUAAAUUUCGUAAAUAAUUUAAUUGAGAAUUGAGAACUAACUAAGUAAUAAUGGAUUGGUAGUUUAAUAUUAUUACCUCAUCUCAUGGAAUAUUUCACAAAAUAUCAUAUAAUAUGUGAAAUAUUAUAUUAUAUGAAGUGAUAAUAUAUUUAAUAUGAACAUAUCAUUAAUAAGCAAAUAUAUUGACAUUAAAUGCAUUUUGCUUAUUUUAAAUUGAACUUUGAUUCAACCUAACAUCCUUUGUAUCUUUAUUUAUUAAGUACUAAAGAACGACACACCAUGUAACAUAAAAAGUAAGCUCGAUCCAUGUGCAGCUUCAGAGACAUGUAAAAAUGAAGGAGAAGAAGCUGUGUGCAGGUUAGUCAACUUGCGUUAA